CUAAUAAUAUUUAAAAUCCUAUAAAAAUGACGGGGGAUUAUUAAUUAUUACUGUAUUCAAUUUCUUGUAAAAAAAAAAAAAAAUGUUUCCUUCAAAACUUUCUAAUUUACCCCUUGAAUGUUUACAAAGAAUAUUUCAUGAAUUUGAAGAAAAUUCAUUAUAUUCUUGUUGUCUUGUAAAUCGUACAUGGUGUCAAAUAGCAAUUCCUCUUUUAUGGCGUUCUCCUUUUCAUUUUAUUCGUAAAGAUGAUUCAGAAUCUUUUAUUGCAUCAAUUAUACCUAAUAUACCUUAUAAUUCUCCUGCACCUUCUAAUUCAUCAUUAUCAUUUAAUUCAUCAAAAGUUUUAAUUCAAACAUAUUUAAGAUGUCUACCAAAUUCAAUUAAAAAUUUAUUAAUUGAAAAUGGAUUAAAUAUUCCUAAAUCUAUAAUAAAUACAAAAUCACCACUUUUUCGUUAUGAAACUUAUAUUAAAUCAAUUAGUUAUUCAAAAAUUUAUAAUAUAAUAACUGAAUGGUUUGAAGUUGAAAUUGAUGAUUUAAAAGAUAUUAAUGAAAGGGAAGGUUUAGAAUAUUUAGUUACAGAAAAAUUGAUUCGUUUAUUUAUUUCAUCAUCAAAUUCAAUAUUAAACCUUUCAUUAACUGAUGAUGAUGAAAUUCCUUCUUUACCUCCUAUAUCAUUAUUUCCAAAUUCCGAAAAUUCUUUACGUAAUCUUGUAAAAUUAACUUGUAUAGGAAAUUAUCAAUAUAAUAUGAAAGAUUUACUUAUUUCUUUAAUAGAAAUUUCUAGAAAUAUUAAAGAAAUUAUAAUUGGUGGACUUUCAACUUCAGUAGAAAUUAAAUUAUUUGGUAAAUUAAUUAAAUCUCAAAAAUCUUUAAAAUCAAUUGAAAUACUUGGAAAUGGUCCUAUAAAUUUACAAAUGAUCACUUUUGAUAUAUUAAAUCCUUUAUAUACACAAAAAAAUACUUUGGAAAAUAUUAAAUUUUUAAAUUGUGAUUUUGAGGAAUGUACUUAUUUAUAUCCUAUAAUCUUUUUACCUAUGUUAAAAAGUAUAGAAUUUGAAAAAUGUAGAAAUUUGGUUUUACAAGAUUUAAAUUCUAUUAAUAAUUUGAAAAAUUUUAUACCAAAAUUACAAAUUUUUAAAUCUCGUGAAUGUUAUAUUCCUCCUUUAACAAUUGAAACUGUUAUACGUAAUUCUUAUCAAAGUUUAAGUGUAAUUGAAUUAAGUCGUAAAUUAUCUAAAGAUGAAUCAAAAAUUUUAUUAUAUAAUAUUUCCCCUUAUUGUAAAGGUUUAAAAGUUUUAGAUAUAAAAAUUUUUCAAGAUGAUAUUGAAGGUUUUUUAAAUUUAUUAAAAUAUUGUGAAAAUUUAAAAGAAUUAACAAUAUUUGGUGAUAAUAUUUAUGCUGAAGAUUUAUUACCUUUAAUUUCAAAAAAUUUAUCUACAAAUAAUUUAAAAAAAUUAUGUUUUAUAGGUACAUCUGAGCGGAUCUAUAUCACUUGGUGUAAGAGUAUAAAUUAA